GGAAGCCUACAUGCACUCUUGAACUACACGUGAACAUGAAAGCCACUGACCCUCCGUGCCCUCAUUAGAGUCUGUCGAACCGGUGCUAGUUUUUACAUGUUGAAAGACCAAGGCGAUGAGCACGCAGAGUCCCUGUGUCUGGUUGAGACAGCCCCAGAAGAUAGAGCCCUGACCACAACAAGCAUAUGGCUUGAUGAUUGCAUUUCGAAACAUGCAGAUUAUUGCGGGAAGAAUACGGGCGACUUCGUUCCAACGAGACUUCUCGAUCUUGAGAGUUCCGACAAUGACGAGGUGCGACUGUCAACAUCUAUUCCCGCCCAUGAGAAGUACGCCACUCUCAGUCAUUGCUGGGGCAAAUCCCAGAUUCUCACAUUGCAACGGGCCAACAUGGAAUCUUUCCGAGCCGGCAUACAUGUAGAAAAGCUUCCCAAGACUUUCCGAGAUACAAUUUCCAUCCUCAGGAGACUCGGACUGCGCUAUCUAUGGAUAGACUCGCUGUGUAUAAUCCAAGACUCGGUCGACGACUGGCGGAAAGAGUCCAUCACCAUGGCCGAAGUCUAUCGCAACGGCGUCAUAAACAUUGCCGCUACAGCUGCCUCCGGCGGAGAUGAAGGCCUCUACUUUGGCCACGAUCCAGUACAUUCAAGGCAUCUUCGGAUAUCCUUCUUGCAACCCAUCGACGGCGACCCGUCAGAGGAACAGACCAGCGAAGAAAGACCGCAUGUGGUAGAACCUGGGGACUACAUCCUUCUCAAUAGCAAAAUCUGGCAACGCGGUGUUGAGGAAGCACCAUUGAAUACACGCGGCUGGGUGCUGCAGGAGCGACUCUUCUCCCCACGGGUUCUUCAUUUUUCCAGACACCAGCUAUUUUGGCAGUGCGGCAUGGACUACCGGAUAGGACAAUUUGCGUACUCCAAUGAUCGCAUAGGAUCCUUUGGUAAGGCCUACACCAACCGUGAUCCACGCGCGUUUUCUCAAGUACUCUGGCGUCUGAAGAGUAUGGCAAAGGAAGAAAAGGAUCCGUUCAUGCUCGAAGAGGCCUACCUUCCUUGGGAGGAAGUCGUGACGACGUAUACGGCGCAGUACUUAACGAAAGGCGAGGACAAGCUCAUUGCUGUACAGGCCUUGGCGAAGGCCAUGGAGGAGGCGGUGGACGAUUGCUAUGUCGCAGGACUGUGGGAAAGCCGGCUGGUCGAGGACCUGUUGUGGGCUUGUUCAGCACCGGGUGAGAAAGCGAGGUACUCGCGGCAAAUAACGUGGCGGGCCCCUACGUGGAGCUGGGCCUCGAUCGAUGGCGGGUCGGUGAAGAAGGCGACCUUGACUGGAAGAUAUGCGGGACGUAAAGCCUUUGAUGGGGAGGCUCUUGUGAGGAACGUCAAGUACUGCGUUGAAGGCUAUGACAGGGUCACGACCGGGCAGCUCAAGAGUGCUCGUCUACAGCUCGAAGGUUAUCUCCUGGAGAGCACCGUAUCGUGGGAAGGAGAGGCUCUCUCGAACGAUGGCCACGUCAAGGGCAUCGGUCUGAGAUGUCUCGAUUCUAGAAUUCGCACCUUCGUCGUCUGUCCAGACGAGUGGAGUUGGGGUGGGAUUGGCAAAGCCAACUAUCGGCUGUCAGCAGGGAGCAUCUUGCUUCCGAUAGGAACUCACACCGCCUACAAGCCUGAUGGAACAGACCCAGAGCCGUGCAUCGAAGGUUUGAUAUUGCAAGAUGCUCCCGAGAAAGGAAGUCUAGCGUUCUGUCGCGUAGGCUACUUCAAGUUAGUCGCAGAAGGAACACUCAUCAACGCUUGUUUGAGAGGGGAAGAUGGACCACUACUUGCGAGGCACGAAAGUGCGUCUAGCGAUGGACUGAGUACUUUGAACUUAUUCUGAUUCGGGGACUAUGCCGCGUGGCGUGUUGAAAGUAUGUACAGGAAAGAAAUGUGACCAUGAAUGGUCAAAAAGAGACACGCCGGUCUCUUACAAAACCACUCCGAUGAUGAGGAUCACCAGCCUUUACUUCAAUAAUCG